CUUUAGCAUUUCUCAAUCUAAAUAGUGUAUUUAAUUCUCAAACAUUUGACAGAAAUAAACUACAAUUUUUCCUUAAAAACAAAAAUUAUAAAUUUUGUUUAGUAAGAUCAGUCUAUACUCUCUCCUAUAUAACCAUAAAUCAAUAUAGUAUACACAUAUUCUCACAGAUAUAUACACACUCACACCAUGUCAAACUCUUCAUUUCUCUCUUCCUUUCUUGUUCCGAUCAUCAUCACUAUCAUUUUCAUAAUUUUUCUGAUCAAACGGUUGAUCUUCAAUUUAUCAAACACUACACACAAAAACUUACCACCAUCACCACUAAGACUCCCGAUUCUAGGCAACCUCCACCAAUUGGGCCUCUAUCCACACCGCACCCUCCAAAAGUUGGCCCAACAAUACGGCCCACUCAUGCUACUCCACUUCGGGUCCAGGCCCGUACUGGUGGUCUCCUCAGCCGACGGCGCACGCGAGAUCAUGAAAACCCACGACGUCGUUUUAUCCAACAGGCCCAAACUAAGCAUGGCCCAUAAACUCCUCUACCAAGCUAGGGACAUCUCCACUGCUCCGUACGGCGAGUAUUGGAGACAGGUGAGAAGCAUUUGCGUGCUCCACCUCCUCAGUCCCAAAAGGGUUCUUUCCUUUAGAUCCGUUAGGGAAGAAGAAACGUCGUUAAUGAUCGAUUUAAUAAAACGACAGAGUUGUGAGCUGUCGUUGGCUGUAAAUUUAAGCGAAAUUUUCUCGUCGUACACAAACGACGUGAUUUGUAGGGUCGUUUUUGGGAGGAAGUAUAAGGGAACACAAGAUGGGGUUCGGUUUAAGGAAUUACUAGGAGAGUUGAUGAGGUUGUUGGGGAGUUUUUGUGUUGGAGACUAUAUUACGUGGCUUUCUUGGGUGAAUUUCGUGAAUGGUACGGAUAAGGCAGUGGAGAAAGUUGCUAAAGGGUUUGAUAGUUUUCUUGAUAGUGUAGUGGAGGAACACAUGGAGGGUUUUAAUUAUAAUAUUAGUGAAGGUGAAGAUAAGACAAAACUUGUGGACAUUUUGCUCGAGAUUCAAGAAAACACUAAAAUGGCUGGGUUUGCAGUUAGUGAAGUCAAUAUUAAAGCUAUUAUCCUGGAUAUGUUUGCUGCUGGGACAGAUACAACCUACACAGUCUUAGAAUGGGCAAUGACAGAGUUGUUAAGGAAUCCAAUUAUCCUAAAGAAACUUCAAACUGAAGUGUCUCAAGCAGCCAAUGGAAAAUCAGACAUAACAGAGGACGAUUUAGACAAAAUGCCUUACUUAAAAGCCAUAAUGAAAGAGACUCUUCGCUUGUAUCCACCAAUUCCAUUGCUCGUGCCUCGUGAAUUAACCCAACAUAUCAAAAUUAACGGCUUUGACAUAGCUGCUGGGACCAUGGUUAUGACCAAUGCUUGGGCCAUUGGAAGGGACCCCACAUUGUGGGACCAACCUAACCAGUUUCAGCCCGAGAGGUUUAUGGAUUCUGAUGUGGAUUUCAAAGCUGGGAGUGAUCAUUUCCAAUUGAUUCCCUUUGGAGCGGGCAGGAGAGGCUGCCCGGGAAUCUUGUUUGCCAUGGUUAGUAAUGAGUUGGUGUUGGCUAAGCUUAUCCACAGUUUUGAUUGGACAUUAUUGCCUGGGGUUGAUGAUCUUGAUAUGACAGAAUGUGUGGGACUUGCUAUUCAUAGGAAGGUUCCUCUUCUUGCUAUUGCAACUCCAAGAUGAUGAUCAAUAUAUAUAAAAAACUUUUGUAAUAUGUUUUUCUUUUAAAACUACAUUGAUGUUAAAAGUAUUGUGAUAUUUGAUGUUGUUCUUUUGAGAACGUGUUGGUGUGAGCUAAGCUAUCUUGAUUAUUUGAGCUGGAGUUUUGGAGGAAUUACAAGUGUAAUUUGUGUUA